AUGCUUUCCAACAUCAAAGUGUAUGUACGGUGCCGGGCGCGCAACGAGCGCGAGGUGGCCGAGAACGCGGGCGUCGUGGUGUCUGUGCCGUCGCGCGAGCAGAUCGCUGUGUGUUCGGGCGCCCACCAGCGCACGUACGCGUUCGACCGUGUAUUUGGCGCAGAGAGCGACCAGGAGUCGAUUUUCGAGACGGUGGCCGAGCCGAUGCUCGCACAGAUCCUGGCAGGCUACAAUUGCACUGUGUUUGCGUACGGGCAGACCGGCACGGGCAAGACUCACACGAUGGUCGGCAAUCUGGGCGUCGACCACAACAGGCUGCCCACAGACGCGGGCAUCAUCCCGCGGUCUGUGCACAAGCUAUUCGAGCACCUCAAGAGCGUUCCGGACUACUCCGUGAAGGUGUCGUUUAUUGAGCUAUACAAUGAGAAUAUUCGGGACCUGCUGGGUGACGAGUCACGCCCGCUCAAGAUUUUUGACGACGCCGGGAAAAAGGGCGUUUUGGUGCAGGGGAUCCACGAGGUGUACAUCCGGACGGCGGCGGAAGGGCUGCGGCUGGCAGUGCAGGGGUCUGAGCGGCGCAAAGUGGCGAGCACGCGGUGCAACGACCUCUCGUCGCGGUCGCACACGGUGUUUUCCAUCACGGUGCACAUGCGCACGCAGGACUCGCAAAAGAUGGGCGGCGAGGAGUUUGUCAAGGUAGGCAAGCUGAACCUGGUGGAUCUGGGCGGGUCCGAGAAUAUCUCGCGGUCUGGCGCGACCAACCAGCGCGCCAAAGAGGCCGGCAUGAUAAACCAGUCGCUGCUGACGCUAGGGCGUGUGAUCAACGCGCUCGUGGCCAACUCGCCGCACAUCCCGUACCGCGAGUCGAAGCUGACACGGCUGUUACAGGACUCGCUUGGCGGACGCACCUGCACGAGCAUCAUCGCGACGCUGUCGCCGGCGAAAACGUCGCUCGAGGAGACGCUCAGCACUCUGGAGUACGCACACACAGCAAAAAGUAUCCGCAACAAGCCACAGGUCAAUGAGGUCGUCAACAAGAAAACGCUGAUCAGUGAGUACAUGGACGAGAUCGAGCGGCUCACCAGAGACCUGAACGCUGCGCGCACGCAGAACGGCGUGUACCUGGACGAGGCCAGCUAUGAGCAGCUGUGCCGCGAAAGCGAGAGCCGCCGGAUCCGCGUGGAGGAGCUCGAGGCGCGUGUGGGCGGCCAGCAGGACCGGUUUGAGCGCGCACGCGAGCGCAUAGAUGCGCUGGAGAAGCAGUUGGAGCAGGAGCAGGCUGCAAAUCGCGAGCUCGAGGCCCAGAAACAGCGUGUCGAGGACCGAUUAGCCCAAGCGGUAGCAGAGACAAAGCAGCUCCAAAACAUGCUCAGAGCUUACACAAAGACCAGCGUCGACGCAGCUGCGCUCGAGGAUGAGCUCCUUGCGCUCCAGAAUCACCGCGGCCGUCUAGUGCACCUGCUGGACGCCAACCAGCACCGCUGGGAGCAUACACAGGGGCACGUGACCGCCUUUGCGCAGCAGCUGGACGGGUUGCUCGCGGACGCUGCUGCGGCGACGUCGGGCGAGCUGGGUGCAUUGUGGGACGCCAUAAGAGGCGAUCUGGCCGCUGUGGCAACAGAGAUGUCGCGGCUGAACUCGUCGUCGGUGGCACUGCUGCGCGCACGGUGCGUGGAGUCACGUGACGAUUUUGAGUUGCGGUUGGGUGUUUUGGACGGCGGUGUGCACGAGCGACUGGGGGCCGUUGCACGCGACGUCACGGCGGCAUUUCAGCUGUUUCUCGAGCGGCUGGGUGCAGACCGGGAGCUGGUAACGUCUUUGAAGGAGGAGUUGCGCAAGAGAGACGAUCAGAUUAUGAGUAUGCAAGCGGAGCUGAAAAAGUAUCUGGAGAACGCGUUGGCACAGCGUCGGUUGGUGCUGGACCAGGAAAACGAAGAGCUGUUGAGGCUGGUGAGGCAAGCUGUUGAGCAGCAGGCCGGCAGACACAAGGCAGAGCUGGACAGCGUGGAGGAGCACGUGACCGGCGUGUUUGAAGCAAUGGAGCAGAUGCGCCAGAAUCGGCCGGACGUUUUGGCGGAAGUGGACACGAAAUUGGCCGACGACGAGACUUGUAUUGCUGCUCAGUGCGAUACGCUGCGGCAGCGGCUGGACGGCUGGCACGUCACCGAGUGGGAGAAGACACUGGCGCGGUUCCGAGAUGAGUUUAUUGCAUGGGACGACGAGCGGCUGGAACAGGUUGACGACGUCUCGCGCAAGCUAUGCGAGAACCUGGGACGUUUAGAAGCGUGUGUGGGCGAGCUGGAAACGAGAUUCAGCUCAACAGUCGAUUUGCGCGUGCGCGGGCUGCACGAGCUACAGACGCAGUGUAACGGUGCUUUACGGGACCUGAAUGCCGAAUUGGAGGACGGACUUGUGGGCUGUGAGGUUCUGGAUGGUCAGUCGAAGAUGCAGGAGACAAAGAUCGUUGAGGCGAUUACGCGGUGCAGCCAGCUGAGCAGUGCGGUGGCCGCGGUGCAUGACGAUCUAGCUGCCAGGCUGGAGCGGCUUGAAAAGGCAUUUGGCGGAGAAAAAGCGCCGUUGAAACGCUCCUGGAACGACGAUAAGGAGAACGUGCUGCCAGCGCGCAAGGAGCGGGUGCUGGGUGUGAAAGACGGCAACGCGAGGAGUGUCUCGUAG